CUAGUUCUUCCUGAAAUGUAUAUACCUGGAUGGAGUGGACGAAGCGAAACGAAGGAAAACUUGAUCAACAAAAUGAAAAUUUAAAUAAUAAAUAGAAUGUUGACUGCAUUGCGUCGCAAAUUUCGCCUUGGAAUGCAGCGAACAGUUCUCAUUGCCGUGCUGCUGGCGGUUGGCCUCUUCAGCUAUGCCUUCCUCAAUCUAUCCUUCUGCUUCAAACUUAUGUCCCACAGAAGUCUCACGCACAUGUGUCAAAAGUACGAGCAUCACGAGUUCAGUGGUUCGCUCUGCGAGGAACUUUGCAGCGCACAAUCCAGCUUUGAUAAUUUCCAGUGUCCUUUGAAUGAUAUGAAAACUAUUUUGUUUACGGCCGAAAAGAAUGGCGAUAUGUAUGCGGUGAAGCUGGCGAAGCAUAAUGACGAUGACUUGAGUUGGACGAACAGCAAAGGAGAGUCGAUCUAUCCCAAGAUCGAAGAGUUCCAUGAGAUUGUUAAGCUGCACAUUAUACUCGCCUACAAUGUAACUUUAGAUGACAAUAUGAUAAGAGCCUUGGUCAACCAGGAGAUAGCUGACAACAAUUCACAGCAGAUGGUCAGCUUUUGGCGUUUGUUCAAGGACAACAACUAUAUGAUGGGCAAACUGUUCGAUGAGGAGUCCGUUUUUCCAGCCGUGCUUGGCUCCUGCGGUUCUUACUAUGCCACCGAAGGCCUGGAAAUAGUGCAGGCUAAUCCUAGCAUCAUACAAUAUCUUGCCUCAAAUCGUCAGCAGCGUUUAAAGCACGCUCUGAACAUAAUGGAAUACAUGUUUCGCUUGGAGGAAAUGAAACCAGAGCCCUUGAGAAUGUGUAAAAUACAAGUGAGCCGCUUCGGCAUGACGCCCGAUCGACGUCUCAAGUAUCAGACUGCAGAGCACGUUUAUGUGGAGAGUCAGCUGGACAAGCGGAUGUCCAAUGGCGCCAAGUGCCACAGCAAUCAGGAGUGCAACUUCCACUCGUGUCGCGGACUCUGCGAUGCGGAGCGACAAACCUGCACACAUAUCCAGCAGAACAACAACUUUCAGAUAUUCUGCGAGCACGUUCUCGUUGGAAGUGGCACCUUUCAACCAGGACUCCUGAGUGGCAUUCGCAUGCCUCGUUCACUUCAGAAGCUGGUGAAGAUGUGCGUGCAACCGCCGAAGGAGCAUCAAGUGCCCGAUCGUCGCCAGGCGCCCAAUCUGCAGCUGGCUUUGCGACUCUACAAUGAGCUGAAGCAGCUGCUUCAGGCAGUCAUAACGGCUUCGGGAGCCGAUGUCGAAGUGGAGAACGAGGCACCGCGUCUCCGGCAACGAGGAGGAGGAGCUUAACUCGCUGAAGACUCAGUUACA